UUUCUCAUCACGCUGCGCUCAGCGUACUGUCAGCGCAUUCGAUCUCGGCUAGAAGUCGAUCUAAUCCGACCCGUCAAAGAGAUCCUUGAGAGGGAGCCACUGUCACACAGCAUACGAGAAGUGACGGGUCUUUUUCAUACGCCAGCGUUAGAGCUAAUAGGUACGGAUCGUGCUCACCUGACGCGUCUGCCGCGGAUGCAGGUAGAGUUUGCUAAAGCUCUUAUCGGUGCUAGCAACGAGCUCACCUUUAUUGCUACGUUCAAGCAACAGAUGAAAAACACCGGCUCGAUAUUCUCACUAUCGGAAGGAAAUACACCACUCUUAGAAAUACAAAGCAGUGGGCGGAAGAAUGAGGUGAGAUUCACCUAUACGGAGCGAGGGCAGGUGCAUACCGAGGUGUUCCCCGUAGCAGUGACAGACGAGCAGUGGCAUAGACUGGCUCUAUCUUUGAGCGGCCACACCAUCACCCUCUACAUUGACUGUGAGGAGGUGGCUCGCAGAGUGUUAGAGGGGCCGGUCGAGAAAAGCUACGGGCCAGACGUGAACCUAUGGCUGGGACAACGUAGCGCCGGAGAAUCAUUGUUCAAGGGGAUUCUACAAGAUGUUAAAAUUAUCGCCAAGGAGCAUGCGUACCUACUGCAGUGCCCGCACGCUAACGCUGGUUGUCCGACGUGUGGUCAGUUUAAUUUAAUGCAGGACCGAAUGUCGGCGUUAGAGAGUCUCGUGGAAAACCUUACACAGAAGAUCAUGACUUUAGAGGAUCACAUUCGGGACCUGCAGCGAUGCGAAUGUAAUAGGACAUGCAGGGCCGAGGGUUCGCAGAAGCAGCAUGGCGACAUCUGGCGGCCAAACGACUGCGAAACGUGCGCGUGUGAGAACGGGACGGUGAAGUGCGUGUCGGAGAGCUGUCCACCGCUAGAGUCUAUAUGCACACACGAGUGUCAAAACGGAGGUCGUUGUGUGGGACCAAACCAUUGCCAGUGUCAGAUCGGUUGGUCCGGACCCACCUGCGCUAAAGAUAUAGACGAGUGUGAGGAUGCUCAGAUUCACCGCUGUCAUAACAACUCCGUGUGUAAGAACACUCCAGGCUGGUACGACUGCAUCUGCAGGGAUGGCUUCAGGAGUCGCUGGCACAGCAACGAGUACGGCGUACUCUGCGAAGAUAUAAAUGAAUGCGUGAAUGGACUGGAUACGUGCGACAGCUCGGCCGAGUGUGUGAACCUCGAGGGCGGAUACAUGUGCCAAUGCAUGGACGACGAGGACUGUUCCCGGGAUUGCGUGAUUGGUAAUAUGAGGCAUCAUAAUGGCGCUCGAUGGCGCAUGCCGGAGCUAUGCCGAACCUGCGUGUGUACAGUAAGUCUCAUACCAUUAUAG